AUGCCCUUCUGGCGGGCAGAGGUCUGCCGCCUGGCUCUCUUCCUCGGCGACGUCCCCUUCGAAGACAUCAGGCUGUCAUACCGUGAGCUCCUUGCUACCGCCGGCCCCAUCGCCCCCUUCGGCCAGUUUCCCUUCAUGGAGGUGGACGGCAGGAGGAUAGCGUACACCGGAGCCAUGGCGAGGUAUUGCGCUGACGUCGCUGGGCUGACGCCCGAGAGCAAGAGCGAGGCUGCGCAGGUCGACAUGAUCAUCGAGGCUUGCUCGGAGCUCACCAACGUGAUCAGCGUCAGCAUGCGCGAGGAAGACCGGGAGAAGAAGAUGGAGAUGCGGUCUAUCCUGAGGGAGGCGACGCUGCCCAAGUGGUUCUCCUACCUGGAGCUGCAGCUCAAGGCCAACAAGAGCAACGGCUUCUUCGUGGGGGACAAAAUCACAGUAGCGGACAUCGCGGUCUGGAGACUGCUGGGCUGGAUCACGAGUGGCCUGCUGGACGGGAUCCCGACGAAUGUCUACAAGAACUUUCAUGCUCUGACCGACCACCAGGAAAGGCUCGAGAGCGACUCUAAGAUCCGAGAGUGGAUGACUAACCAUUAUGCUGCCUCCAGCUACAGCCCAACGGUCUCUGACAAGAGAUGA